AUGAAAAAGUGAGAACUAAAUAUUGUGUUAAAUAACUAUUAUUAUUGUCCACAAACUGUGAUAUUCCGUAGACGUAUUCACCUUUUAUCACUAUACAAUAAGUAGAUAGUUAAUUGCUAUUAUUUACAAAAGGUAAAUAUUGAUAGGCUACCUAAAAAAAAUAAUAAUAUGCUACAUUACCACAAUAUAUAUAUCUUGCUGUGAUGUUUUUUUUAACAAGUUGUACAAAUAAAUUCGCUGGUUGUAACAAUUGAGUCGAACCUACUUUUAGUUUUUAAAAAAAAUAUCAAUAUUUUAUUUUGAAGUAUACUAUUUUCUAUUAGAAAUGGUCAAUUGAUAUUCAAUGAUUUAAAUACAUUCAACAAUGUGUCAACAGUAUUGCUAGAAAUUCCAAAAUAUUAGUGAAGUAAUCAGUCAAUAUUAGCCAAAAUCCAGAAAUGGAUGAUAUAAAUAUCACAGGGCUGGCUAUUGAACCAGCGGAAAAUGUCACUAGAAUUUUGACCCGAGAAGAGCAAAUGAGGGAAGAGCAUAGAAAAUUACACGAAUUGCAUAAAGGCCACGAGUCAAUGCAUGCUGAGAUGUUGAUAAUUUUAAUGGUUACCAUGAUUGUUGCACAAAUAGUGUUAUUAGAAUGGAAAAGAAGACAUUUUAAAUCAUUUCAAGUUGUGACAUCUUUAGCUUUAUGGUUGAUACCAUUUAUAAUGUCCAUUCGUAUGUCAUAUUGGAGAUUUAUUGUAUUUUGGACAUUAUUUUCAUUGAUCACAGGACUAGUCGUACGAAAAGCUUUAGAAAAACCUUUGCAAGGAUCAACACCUAGAUUGGUGUACAAAUGGUUCUAUUUCAUCUACAAACUAACUUAUGUACUUGGUAUUGUUGGAUACUUUAUCAUGGUUGCUGCAUUCUUUGGAGUCAGUGUUGUAUUCAAUGUUAACCCAGCUGUAUGGAUGGAUUAUGGAUUGAUAAUUAUGUACUAUGGGUUGUAUUUUGGUGUCUUAGGACAAGAUAUUGCUGAGAUAUGUGCAUCUAAAAUGGCUGCACACUUGGGAUAUUAUACGCCUCAAGGAAUGCCAACUAGAAGUUUGGAUAAAAAUAUUUGUGCUGUCUGUGGUAACAAAUUAUUAGUGAAUGCUGGUGAAGAAGGUAUAAUUGAAUCUACUUUCCAAUUAACAUGUGAUCACACAUUUCAUGAAUUUUGCAUUCGAGGAUGGUGUAUUGUUGGUAAAAAACAAACUUGUCCAUAUUGUAAGGAGAAAGUUGAUUUGAAAAGAAUGUUCCGUAAUCCAUGGGAAAAACCUCAUGUUUUGUAUGGUCAACUAUUGGAUUGGUUACGUUGGUUUGUGGCUUGGGGACCAAUUAUAAUGAGUAUUAUACAAUUUAUAAAUUAUAUUCUUGGACUGAAAUAGUUCCAUAUUUUACAAUAAACAUGAUAUUAUAAUU